ACCCUGGGAUCAUCCUGCUCCAGUGCUGCCCAUCACGAGGCCAUGAAGCUCCUGGUGCUCCUCGUCUGCCUUGCAGUGCUGGCCCCCGCGGGCUGCAACAUAGCUCAGUUUGGUAUCAUGAUUAAGGAGAAGACUGGGAAGCCUGCGCUGUCCUACAAUGGCUAUGGCUGCCACUGCGGCCUUGGGGGAUCCAAGUACCCGGUGGAUGCGACCGACUGGUGCUGCCAUGCCCACGACUGCUGCUACAAGAGGUUGUCAUCCGUGACCUGCGUUCCCCACCUUGCCACUUACAAAUUCUCCAUCAAGAGAGGCCAGAUCACAUGCGGAUCUGGAAGUUCAUGCCAAAGAGCUGCCUGCGAGUGUGACAAGAAGGCAGCAGAGUGUUUCAAGAGGAACCUCAGAACUUUCAACAAAAGCUACCAGAAUUAUCUAAACUUCAAGUGCAAGGGCUCACGUCCCUCUUGCUAGAGAUGCAAGACUUGAAACUUGAUGGAAAUGCUCUAAAUUGAGAUUCUCUUCCCGCAGUGAGAUGGAGCAAGGCACAACUCCAGACCCACUGCACCAAAAAGGCACUUGGAAGCUCUCUGCCAAGCCUGCCAGACCCUGAAUUGGAAAGCUUGCUCCUCAGAAUUAAAUAAAUGAUAAAAAAAGUCUUUGCAAAUAAAAAUAAUUUUCCAAGA